AUUAUAAAAAUCCCCGUGUCUGGCCCCGGGAAUUAUUAUUAUUAUUGUCAAUACAACACACACAAGCAAGCAAGAAAGAAAGAUAGAAGAAAAAUGGCAGCAGCAGAAGAACCAAUACUCUCUAGGCUCGACAGACUUGACAAUAUUAUAAAAAAAUUAGAGGAAGUGAGAGGAGGUGAUCAUUCCCCGAAGACAUCAACGGCAUCAAGCGAGACAUUAACGAGCGACGGGCAAGUUUCGUCGCUCGAUUUCUCACCAAGAAGCAUGGAGAAGCAUUGCCGUCCCAUAGACGACGUGAUUUCGGAGACGGAGCAUAAAGGGACACUUGUUGAGAGGCUGGUAAAUGUUGAGAACAGGGUAUUGAAUGUGUGUUUGCAGUUGGAAGCAGAGUUGGAGAUGAUGAAGAAGAAGAAAAAAGAUGAUGUUAUUGUUGAGGAGAAUUUGAAGAAGCAAAGAGAGGAGAAUAAUGUUGUUGUAAUUGAGGAGAAGAAUAAAUCACCACAUAAGAAGGGUAGUUUCAAGAGCUUUGUAAAGUCUUUGUGUUAAAGGGACAGGGAAACACAAAUAGAGUGAUUUGAAGAUUUUGUGGGAUUUCAAUGAUGUAUGUACCUGGUAUAUAUAUGUAUGUGUUUUUUGUUCAAAAGUUUAUUUGGUUUUAUGUAGGGUGUUGUUUAUGGCACCAAGUAGUGGGGCACCAAUGUGACAAGUUUGGCAGUUAUUAUAGUAUUUAUGUUAAAAGUACUACUUCCCAUAGUCGAAGUUU